AUGUGGGCGCAGGCGUUGUGUGCAUUUUUGAUAUCUGUAUCUGAAGGAGAGGUGACUGGUGACAUGCUUGACAACGGGAGAUACCAGCCAACACACACACACACAGGACUAUCAUCGCAGUAUCCUAGGCUUAGAUUGGAACAUCAACCUGAGAGACGUGAGGAAUGUGCUUUUCACGAUUCAAAAGGAAAAAGGGAAGCAGUGCAUUGUCACACCAGCAGUUGUGACUUAAGCCGGACACAGGGCCCCAAAGAAUCAGACAAAAUGUGGGUGGGGAUGACGGAGAGGAUACUCGAGUCAUGUGUUCGAAGCCUAGGAAGAGGAAGAUUUCCAUGCACUGGCAUGUGCAUGGGCAUGGGCAUGGCGUAA